AAGAGCUUUCAGUCGGCGAUAAGGUUUCGACCAGUGAAAGACGCGAGAGAUUCACUCUCGGGACAGAACGAAUCGGUUGAAUCUAAAACUGCAGCUGAUCACGAUGAGCAGCAUUCAAAGAAAGUGACUUAAUUAGUAAAUAGUUAGAACUGUCCGUAAUUGUAUUUUUUCAUUUUGGGACGAACUAUCAGAACAAAAUGGGCAACGAACCGAAAGUGAACGCACGAACAGUAUUAUGGUACUUAGUGUUUGUAGGAUUCGCGGUCAACUACAUGAUCAGGAUCAAUAUGAACAUUACGAUUGUCACCAUGGUUAAGCUGACCGGAAGUAAGUCUAGUCGUAGUGGGAACGUGAACCUCACGGAGAACGUACCCCAACAGCAGCCAAAGCUGUACGCUUGUUUCGUGGACCAGAAUGAGUCAAGCCUGGAGCAGCAUAAGAGUGGUAAAAUAUCGGCACUAACCAGCAAACUGCGGAACUCGCCGAAGAUUAAAUCACCGGAAAAAAUUUUACUGGAUGCUUUGGAGCUCGACUCCAAAGAGGAUGGCUUCCAAUGGGAUGAGUACGAACAGGGUCUAAUAUUGGGAGCUUUCUUUUGGCUACACUGGAUAACGCAGGUGCCGGGAGGUGUGCUAGCUCGGAAAUACGGCACCAAACUGGUAUUUGGGCUGUCCAAUGCCAUUGGCUGCUGGUUGUGCUUCCUGAUGCCCAUGGUGUCGUAUUGGGACUACCGUGUGCUGAUCUUUUUGCGCGCGUUGCAGGGAUUAAUAUGCGGUGUGGCGUGGCCUGCAAUGCAUCACAUGGCUGGUCAAUGGAUACCGCCUAACGAACGUAGCAAAUUCGUUACAGCAUAUCUAGGUAGUUCUGUUGGUGUAGCGCUAAAUUUUCCUCUAUUCGGUUACAUCAUCUCGUGGUCAUCCUGGGAGUAUGUAUUUCACUUCUGCGGAAUAUUUGGCUCCGUUUGGUACAUAGCAUGGCUGUACUUGGUGUACGAUUCACCAGCAGAACACCCACGGAUUCAUCCAAAAGAACGCGAGUACAUAGAGAGCUCUUUGGGGAUAACGGAGAAAUCCAAAAGCUUAGAGCACCAACAACCGACUCCUUGGCGGAAAAUGAUUUUGUCUAAACCAAUGUGGAUAACGGUGAUCGCUCAGUGGGCAGGAAUCUGGGGGUUGUUCACAUUGAUGACGCAGGCACCUAGCUAUUUCAACUACAUUCACGGAUGGGACAUAAAAAUGACAGGUAUUCUAUCGGGAAUCCCUCAUCUCUGCCGGAUGAUGUUUGCCUACUGCGUAUCGGUGGUCGGUGAUUACCUGCUGAAGCGAAAUCUAAUGUCUCGGACUAAUGUACGCAAAAUGGGUGGAGCAUUUUGCUGUCUGGUGAAUGGAAUUUUCGUGCUCGGGCUGGCAUACAGUGGCUGUAACGCCACAAUGGCAAUACUGUUCCUAACUCUGGCUACGAUGAUGCACGGGGCGGUGUCCACCGGACCGCUAGCCAACAUCAUUGAUAUGAGCCCAAAGUUUGCCGGUAUUCUACUCGGUAUUAGUGGAAUGAUCACCGUCAUUCCCGGUUUUGUUUCACCCAUCAUCGUGGGAAUAUUAACGUUGGGAAAUCAAACAGUUCAGCAGUGGCAAUAUGUGUUCCUGAUAAGCUCUGGAAUGCUGAUAGUUUGUGGAAUCCUGUACAUGUUGUUUGCGGAUUCGACUUUGCAGACGUGGAAUUCUAUGGAAACUACGGAUGCAUUGGAUGCCCGAGAACUGGUUAGUUUGAAACUGAAUCCCGAUGGUGAACUUAAGGAAAAACCAAUUUCAACCGGAAUAGACCCGGAGUCGAUACCAGCUAACAACACCAAUGGUGAAAGCAAUGAAGCGCCGAAUUCAGUAUUAGUCCCCUCAGACUUGGUAUCGGAGCAACCAGAAAAUUCUUUCAAAACAAGCUAAUAAAAGAGGUCAGCAACUUUGA